AGCUAUCUGUCUCCUAUCGAUGUGUGUGUACAUGUGUGUUGUGUGUGUGUGUUUCCUUUUUUCUCCCCAAACCGAACAUGAAAUAGUUUGUUGGGCUAUACUUUCUUUCUUCCUAUCUAUCCCCCCUUCCUUCCUUCCCGUCCUGGUUCGCAGGCAGAGACAGGACAGAUUGAAACCCAGCUGUGAUCGUCGCUUUUGGUCGUUGCCAUUUUCCCCCCUUAUUGCCCGGUGAUGUUGGAUAUGGGAGAGCGCAAAGAGGUGAAAAUGAUUCCUAAAUCGUCGUUUAGUAUAAACAGUUUGGUGCCCGAGGCCGUGCAAAGCGACAACAACAACCACCAGAACCAGCAUCACCACCAAAACCACCUUCACCACCACCACCAGAACCACCACCACCGGCCCGGCGCCGCGGACGAAGCCGAGCAGAAAGCUCCUCUCCCCGCCGCGCAGCCGGACGUCAAGGCGGACUCUAAAAGUGACUCCUCGAGACAGGAGAGCUGCCCGGACGAGAAGGAGAAGCAGGAAGAGAAAAAAGACGCGAAGGACGGGGACGGCGGCGCUGGAGGGAAGGACGGAGAGAAGAAAAGCGGCAAGUAUGAAAAACCUCCUUUUAGUUAUAACGCUUUGAUAAUGAUGGCCAUCAGGCAGAGUCCGGAGAAGCGGCUCACUUUGAACGGCAUUUAUGAAUUCAUCAUGAAAAACUUCCCGUACUACCGGGAGAACAAACAGGGCUGGCAGAACUCCAUCCGACACAAUCUCAGCCUCAAUAAAUGCUUCGUCAAGGUGCCGCGGCACUACGACGACCCGGGCAAGGGAAACUACUGGAUGCUGGACCCUAGCAGCGACGACGUUUUCAUCGGCGGCACUACCGGGAAGCUCCGACGGAGGUCCACCACGUCCCGAGCCAAACUGGCCUUCAAGCGGGGUGCCCGGCUGACCUCUGGGCUGACCUUCAUGGACCGAGCCGGCUCCUUGUACUGGCCCAUGUCCCCCUUCCUCUCUCUACACCACCCGCGGGCAGGCGGCGCCCUCGGCUACAACGGGACCUCCUCGGGAUACCCGGGUCAUCCCAUGUCCUACAGCACCAUGCUCACCCAGAACAUGAGCAACAACCACUCGUCGUUCCCAUCCUCCAACGGGCUCAGCAUGGACCGGCUGGUCGGCGGGGAUCUCCCCUACGCGACGCACCACCUGACAGCGGCGGCCCUGGCGGCCUCGGCGGUACCCUGCGGCCUCUCCGUCCCUUGCUCCGGGGCCACUUACUCCCUGAACCCCUGCUCGGUGAAUCUACUGGCCGGACAGACCAGUUACUUUUUCCCCCAUGUCCCACACCCGUCCAUGACCACGCAGACCGGCGGCAGCGGCGGCACCUUGCAGGCCGCCCGGGCUUCGGCCUCCAAUUCCCCGCAGGCUCCGUCCUCCUCCUCGCUGCCCUGUGACUCUCUUAGGCCAGCUCUGUCCGGCUCUCUGCCGGCCUUCUCCUCGGGACUUUCCGGGGGGUUGUCUGACUAUUUUACGCAUCAGAACCAGAGUUCAACCUCCAACCCGCUUAUACACUAA